CCGCACAUUUCUGAGCCCGCGGGCACGGCGGCCACAGAGCAGCGCGGGCGGGAACUGGGAGCACUGGGAAGGGCUGGGAGCUGUGCUGGAGUGAACUGGGAACUACUGUGCCCAUGAAGCUGCCCCCGCCGUGCCGCCUGCUGCUGCUGCCGCUGGCCGCGGCGCUGGCCCUGCUGGCCCUGCACUCCCAGCGCCCGCCGCCCCCUCCCGGCGCCACCCCCGCGGCCCCCAGCCCCGUUUCACACCGCGACGCCAACGCCACGCCGGCCCCGCGGCCCACGCGGCACCCGCUGCAGCCGCCGUACCCGCACCCGUACCGCUUCCUGCUCAACCACCCCGACAAGUGCCGGCGGCGGGCGCCGUUCCUGGUGCUGCUGGUGGUCACCUCUCCGGCCGACCUGGCCGCCCGCCAGGCCGUGCGCCGCACCUGGGGCGACGAGAGCGCCGUGCCGGGGCUGAGCGUGCUGCGCCUCUUCCUGCUGGGGCUGCACCCGCGCUUCGGCGCCGAGCUGCGCCCGGUGCUGCAGGAGGAGGACGAGCUGCACCAGGACCUCAUCCAGCAGGAUUUCCUCGACACCUACAACAACCUGACGCUCAAGACGCUGAUGGGGCUGGAGUGGGUGAGCCGCUUCUGCCCCAACGCCAGCUACGUGAUGAAGGCCGACCACGACGUCUUCCUCAACCUGGAGUUCCUGUGGCGGCUGCUGCGGCCGGUCAGGACGGAUUUCCUGACGGGCUACGUGUACCGGCACACGGGGCCGCUGCGGAACCGAGCCUACAAGUGGUUCGUGCCGCGGGACGUCUACCCCAACGACACGUACCCGCCGUACUGCGGCGGGCCGGCCUACGUGCUGUCGGCCGACCUGGCGCUGCGGGUGUUCGCCGUGGCGCAGCUGCUGCCCGUCAUCAACAUGGAGGACGCGUUCGUGGGCAUCUGCCUGCACGCCCUGGGCGUUGGCGUCACCGACCCGCCGCCCGGCGCCUUCAACAUGUACCGGCUGGACUACGACAAGUGCCGCUUCUCGCGGCUGGUGAUGGUGCACCACUACUGGCCGCAGGACCUGCUGCGCGUGUGGCCGCACUUUCGGAACGACUCCAUCAGGUGUCCUUAGGGGUGUUGUCCCCCUGUCACACUGACUGUCACCGCGGUGACGCCGCCGUCUGGGUGUUGCUGAGGACACGGUUCUGGUUCUGUCCCUCCCUGGGACGGUCCCGUCCCUCUGAGCCGCAGGAUUUGGAGCUGCUGCUCCGUCCGUUCGUCCCCUGAGGUGUGGGUGGGUUCUGGUGCGGGUGGGUUUGGUGUGAUU